AGAAUGUGUCUGUGUAAUCCGAUCUGUGCUUGAAAGCCUUGCGGAGGGCCGCAUGCUGCAGACAUAAGCUGUGUCAAUAAGAACUCUAUUCACUCUCGGAAAACAGCCUCGUGACCGAGUUUGACUGGCAGGCUUCCGAAGGGAGGGCCUUUUUGGAGAAGGAGCUCUGAUUUUGGCGGCACUUCUGACCGCCUUCUCGGACUCCCACUUAUUGUUGAAAUCCUUUCUUGUUAACUUGGAUUUUGCUGGGCUGGGAUUUGGCACGGCACGAUAACGGGAGCGACCUUCCUCACCGUGCAGCCCCACGGCAGCGCUUAGGAACGGGAAGGUGAUGGAUGUAAGAGAAUAUGAGCCGUGCCAGCUUUGCUUCUGAAGCAGUCGUAAGCCCAGCGGAGCUGCUCUGUGAUGCAGUCAUGGCAGUACCUUCCUUGCCGCAUGCUCUUGGAGCCCCAUAUGAGCUUCUCGGAUGUCACACAAGGAAGUGAAUGUCACUGUGGCUUGGUUGCUGAAAAGUGCCUUUCCUGAAGCCACCGCUGCUUGGAUUUCUGUCUAGGGCUGCCUCUCUCUUCCCCCUCACCCCUUUCUUUUUAAUUUGGCGUUGCUUGCAGUCCAUACCUUGACGGCAACUCAUCCAUCCUCUUUUUCUUUUUUUUUUUUUGUGCUCCCUGUUUGCACGCAGUUUGCUCAGCCAUUUUUUUCUUCCCCCGACUAUGUAGCAAAUAUUAAAAAAAAAAAAAAAAAAAAAAAGGAAAGAAAGAAAAACCUGACAUCCUUUUGCUCGUUUUGAUGCUCGUGAACAGUAAUUUUAAGAAGCAAGAAAAAGAAGGAAAAAAAAAAAAAAGUUUUCCCCCCAAGGACUGAGACCAUUCCACAAACUGAAGUGCUGCCAGCAGCAUAUGCUUUUUGCAAGAAUAAUUGAAACCAUUAACCGGAGAGCACAGAAUUCUUUUGAAAGUCUGCCAGUUAUUUUCAAGUAACUUCGGCAGUGGCACAAAAUAUAACACUUCUAUUUUAACUUCUACAAUUGCACUUUUAGGAGCUGGCCUCUAAUUUGAUUUUCAGUUACUCUGAUAAGAUUUCUAUUUUAUGAUUGGCUUUAUGUUUGAUUCUUGUUUAAACAAACACGAUUUGACUUAAAUGAAAACCUAAGUGCUGAUGAAUAGGAGUUCUACCAAAGCAACAAGUUAGUUAUUUCUUCACGUUUCACUUGAAUUCACUUUUUUACCCUUUUUUUUAAAUAAAGAAAAGAAGAUCAGCAGUAAAUAUUGCCCUGAAGAAGGGUGCGAUUGCUUGCAUUUUAAUUUUUGUUUUUAAUAUGGCUGUGAACGUUUCCCUGGUUCGUGAUACAAAAUGGCUGACGUUAGAAGUGUGUCGAGAGUUUCAGAGAGGAACUUGUUCUCGGUCUGAUGCAGAGUGCAAGUUCGCCCAUCCGUCACGGAGUUGCCAUGUGGAAAAUGGUCGAGUUAUUGCCUGCUUUGACUCCCUAAAGGGCCGGUGUACCCGAGAGAACUGCAAAUAUCUCCACCCUCCCCCACACUUAAAAACACAACUUGAAAUAAACGGACGCAACAACCUGAUCCAGCAAAAGACGGCCGCAGCCAUGUUUGCUCAGCAGAUGCAGUUCAUGCUACCAGGCACGCAGCUACAGCCAAUCACAACAUUUCCUGUGACUCCAUCGCUUGCAACAAGCCCCACCAUGGCUUUUAGUCCCUACCUGAGUCACGUUUCUCCUGGGAUGGGCUUGGUUCCUGCGGAGCUUUUACCAAAUACUCCUGUCCUGGUUUCUGGAAAUCCAACUGUUACGGUACCAGGAAGCUCUGCUGGCCAGAAACUGAUGCGUACGGACAAACUGGAGGUUUGUCGAGAGUUUCAGCGUGGAAAUUGCACACGUGGUGAGAACGACUGCCGCUACGCUCACCCUAUAGAUAUUGCGAUGAUAGACACAAAUGAAAACACUGUUACAGUUUGCAUGGAUUACAUCAAAGGUCGAUGCUCUAGGGAGAAAUGCAAGUACUUUCAUCCCCCUGCACACCUGCAAGCCAAAAUCAAGGCAGCUCAACAUCAGGUGAACCAGACAGCUGCAGCUGCAAUGGCCCUGCCGCCUGGUGCACUUCAACCUUUACCAAAGAGGCCAGCACUUGAAAAAAACAAUGGUGCCACCACAGUCUUUAACCCAAGCGUUUUCCACUACCAACAGGCUCUAGCCAACAUGCAGUUGCAACAGCCUACGUUCAUCCCCACAGGGUCAGUUCUGUGCAUGACACCCACUGCAAGCGUUGUGCCCAUGAUGCACGGUGCUACGCCCACCACUGUGUCUGCAGCAACAACUCCUGCCACCAGCGUCCCCUUCGCUGCAACAGCUACCGCCAAUCAGAUAUCCCAGUUAUCAGUAGAUGAACUGAGUAGCAGCAUGUUUGUUUCACAGAUGUAGAAGUUCCCGAUAGAACACAGACCAUGUUGAAAUUCUGAACCAUAAAAUUAUGGAGCACCAGGACUUCUUGGUGGGAAGCUGCGCAUGGCCUUUCUGUAUAUAUCCCCUCUUCCCUUCUAUCGUUCUUUACCACCUCUACAGUAAGCCUGUUGCAGCCUACAUGUUAACCAAAAACUGAUCAAUGGGAAUGUCAAAAAAAAAGAAAAAAAAGAAAAAAAAAAAAAGAAAAAAAAAAAAAGCACUAUAGAAACAAUUAACAAACAGCGCUCUGUUAUAUGAGAUAUACAAGUAGAAAAUUAUAAUAGACUUUUAUAACACAUUACUUUAACACACUUAAUCAUUUUAUGACUACCAUCCUGAUAAGUGCAUCUGCACAGCGGACUGUUGGUUUACUGUAUACUAUCGAUGGAUAAAUGUUUGUCUUGUUUUUAAAGUGUUAUCUUACUGUUUUGUUUACAUCAUAGUCUAUUGAUUUGUUUUAAAGUGUACAUCAUUAUCAAGUAUACUCAAUACCAUUUUUUCAUUAUUGUUAUGUCUUAAGUUUUCAUAUACUGUAGGUUUUAUGGAGUUUUGUUUGUUUUUCACUAAAAAUGUUAUCGUGGGAAACAGGAAUUAUGUGCUUGAAAAACACGACGCAGGAAUGUUCUGCCCUUGUCUGGAUAUUGCUGUUCAUGUCAGCUGUUUGUGUUAAAGGCUCCUUCUAUCAUUUAAGAUUUGCCUUCAGAUAGUCUCCAAAUUUUUAGUACCAAUGAUGUGCAAGGCCAGCUGUGAUUUCAGUCCACUUCAGAGUAUUUCUUUAAAUGGAGUGAGCUGAUUCUGGAAACUGGAGGGGAAAAAAAAAGAGAAAGACAAAAACCCAUUCUCAGUUAAGGGGAUAGGAAAGAUUUGGUCAGAAUUUCUGCAGUUGUGUUGUAUGUUGAAGUGCAUUCUCAGCUGCAAAUGGCGCACAAUCUUUCUUGAUGUUCUCGUGGUGCAGUGGAAAGCAAUAGGUGGAUGAGUGAGAUGUUUUCCUUUGGGCGUUUGCAUUGGAGAGGAACAACUGCCAGCUGUUAGCUAUAAAGCACGUGGCUGGAUUAGGCCCACCAUCGUGGCUUGGCCCAAGCUGGGUAACACUGUGCCCAUGAGCAUCUCUUCACUGAGCCUGCUGAAACAUCUCAGCCUGAAAUCUGGUGACCCUUGCUGAAAUUCUGUCAGCGUGCACCAGUUCUUUAAUCACAUUGGCCAUGACUUGGUGAUUUUUCCCCUAAUUUCUGGCCCUAUAAAGCAAACACAGCAUAAUAAACCAGGAAAAAUUCUACCGUACAUAAACAUCCAUUUUUAUGAUGUUCCUAGAGGUUGGUGGAUGUGGUCUGGCACCUUCUACUUGAUGAAGACCAACGUUUGUCACACAACAAGGGCUAGUUCUCAAUACCUCCUUGUCAUGCGCAUGAAUAAAGCAGCUCCUUGCCCACACACGCACCCUGGGCAGCACUGCCUGGUGCUGUGCUGCCUUGCUGAACAAUCUGGCUACACAGAAUACGUUUUAAUUUGAGAAUGCAGCUAAAUUUGUCCCUGUCACAGCUCUGUACUGUCGCUGGCAUCAUGGAAGAGAUGGAUUUGAUCCCUCGACUUCAUAGAAGUAUGAAGUGCUAAGAGAAAGAGAAUCAUUUUUAAAGCCAGGGGAUGGGCGAAUUGUUCGUGUCCUGCUGCCCUGAGCUUGCAGUGAUUUUGUGGGGUGCCAAGAAGAUUCCAUUUUCUUUUUCCUUAAUCUUGGGUAGAGAAUGCCCUCUGUGGGUGCAGGUGUACUGAAAGCCGUGCAUCUACGUGGACCACAAGGGACAAAGGGGCAGGCUGGGCACAACAGGUAUAGCCCAGGAUGGGCUGCAACCACCUGUGUGUGGAGAUGCAUUCAUAGCAAGCACCUUUGAAGAGUCCGGUUCAGAAAAGCCUCAAGCCAGAAGGAAUCUUUCCAUUCAUUUCAGCAGGCUUUGAACCUAACCCUAAAAGAGGGGAGAAACCCACGCAGCCCCAACCCUCAGCCAUGCACCUCGUGUUCUGGCAGUCCCUCGUGUCCAUGAAUGCUUCCCAGCCGUCAGCAUUCAAAAGCAGGCAGUGUUGCCUGCAAUUAGUGGCUGUCAUUUAUAUUGGCUGCUGCCUACCUGUUCUUUUAACCACUGAGUUUCUGUUUCCCAAAACCAUAACAUUGUUAGUGGAAAAAGUGGAUUUGAGUACUUCCUGUUUGAAAUUAUUUGUGUAUCAAAAUGGGUUUUGCACAACCUGUGCCAGUGCCUCAACAAAGAACAGAGCUGAUCUUCUUAAGCCAGAAAGGAUGCAUUCAAGCUUGUAUGGCUUUAUGAGUUAAAGGAGGUUGGAACUUUUUCAGUGCUAAAUGGAUUUUUGUAUAUCUUGACACUUUGAUGUAACCUCCUAUUUUAUUUAUCUACUUAAACAUCUGGCAUAGAUGUGCAUAGAAUGUAAACCUAGAAUACAGCUGUUUUCACGUCACAUUUAAAGCACUGAAAAAAAAAAAAGCGUUUAAGGAUUAUUUUUUAUUAAAGAGGUCCGAUGAGGGAUGUUCAGGGUAGUUAUAUUAGGUGCCACAACAGUUUUUAUAUUGCUGGCAAAUUUAGCGUUAAUUUGUAAAUGAGUUUAAGGAAAGAAAAGCUUGAAGCACUAAACUUCACCAAAUUCAAAACAAUCUCGGCAAAAAUGCCAUUUGAGGUAGCACUAUUGAAACUAGUUGUGCAAUGACUUGCUCUAAUUUUCUUUGUUCAAGAAAGAAAAAAAAAUGAAAAAAGAAAAAAAAAAAAAACAAA